GCUAUUGCGGCAUGCAAGAAGUCGAUACGAAAUUCCAUCAAACUGACCAUGUUUUAUCCUUCCAAGGUCACCCGGGACACGUUCAGGGGCCCAUGGAUAGCUGAUUGUACCGGCUGUAGGGUAGCUCAGGCAGGUCGCCAACGGACCCAGCUCCGGCCUAGAACCAGACGCAACCACAUGAAUCCGGGGAAGCUCCAAGCAUCGCCUUUACAACCACCGACAGGCACCUACCCCUUAACCACUGGUUCCCCUCAUCUGUUGUCCAUGGGUUGAGCGGAGAGUGCAAGCUGCUGUCACUUCGGGUUGAUUUGCAUCAAGAUGGCAGCAUUUCGCCAACUCGGCGCGAGCCUCUUCGCCUUGUCCACCGGUCUACAGCUCGCCAUCACCGGCGAACAAGCGAAUCUUGGGUCAUUUCGCGAAGCCUGCCCUGACUAUGUCACCUACUCGGCGCAUUCACACAACCCCCUUUCCAAGGGUCCCCUCGCGCUCCCCUUCCAACGCCCUGAAGAACGAUGCCGCACGUUUCAUUCCGACGCGAUCGAGAAGGUGAUUGAGGACAUGACCUCUCGCAUUGAGGACCCAGACCUUGCCCGGCUCUUCGAGAAUACCUUUCCAUCGACAACGGACACCACUGUGAAGUUCCACACCAAGGGCGCCGAGGAGACUGGCUUCUUUCGCAUGGCCGGCUUCAAGGCCUUUGGUGAUGAUGGCGCAUGGCAAGGUCCACAGAGCUUUAUCAUCACCGGCGAUAUCAUAGCAGAGUGGCUGCGCGAUUCAACGAACCAGUUGCGGCCGUACCAUGCGCUAGCAGGGAAAGAUCCAGCAAUCCACACGCUGUUACUGGGAGCGAUCAACACGCAGGCAGAAUAUGUCAUUGAGUCACCGUACUGCAAUGCGUUCCAGCCCCCGCCAAUAAGCAAGCUACCUAUCUCGAACAAUGGGCAACAGGAUGUGGUGCACCCCGCAUAUGAACCUGAAUCAGUGUUCGAGUGCAAGUACGAGCUGGACUCAUUGGCGCAUUUUCUCGCAUUGGCGAAUGACUUUUAUGAUCACACGGGCUCAACUGAGUUCCUGCACAAUCGCUGGUUACUGGCGCUCGAGACGCUUCUGCAGGUUUUGAAACACCAGAGUCAGCCAACCUUUGACCCCGAGACGGGCCGGCUUAUGUGGAAUGAGUAUACUUUCCAAAGGAAGACCGAUAUUGGUACCGAAACGCUGAAUCUGAAGGGCAUGGGCAACCCAUUGAACGCUGGCACGGGCUUGAUCCGGUCAGCGUUCAGACCAAGUGACGAUGCGACGAUUCUAGGCUUCUUCAUCCCAGCCAACGCACAAAUGUCUACGGAAAUGCAGAGGACUGCAGCCAUCUUGACAGAGGCAGGCAAGACGAAGCUGGCGGAUAAGCUCAACAAGUGGAGCAAGCAGAUUCGCGAAGGCAUCAUGGAGCAUGCCGUCGUUGAGCACAAGAAGUACGGCAAGGUCUUCGCAUACGAAGUCGACGGCUAUGGUUCGAACAUUAUGAUGGAUGAUGCCAACUACCCAUCGUUAUUAGCUUUACCAGUCAUGGGAUUUGUGGAGGCGAGCGACCCCAUUUACCAGAACACGAGGAAGAUGAUUCUGGAACAGGAGGGCAAUCCAUACUUCCUCAAGGGCAAGGAUUUCAAAGGCAUUGGCGGCCCGCACAUUGGCUUGAAGAACGCUUGGCCGAUGAGUCUGCUGAUGCAGGCUCAGACUUCAGACGAUGAUGCUGAAAUCAAGGAAUGCCUGCGUCUCGUCUUGUCAUCUUCGAAGCUCGGCCUCAUACACGAGAGUAUCGAUGUCACUCACGCCAGCCAAUACACGCGAAGCUGGUUCGCGUGGGCGAAUGGGGUAUUUGCCGUGACGAUGCUGGACCUCGCGAAGCGAAAGCCUCAUCUUGUUUUUGGCGAGGGAGCGGAGCCAUAUGAAGUUUGAUGGCGACACAACGAUUUGUAUGACUUAUGACACCUAGAACACUGAAGUGAUCGAUGGCAGAUCUUGCCUUGCCCUACGUUGCUGCGCGGAAGUUCUUGGUCUUUGCUACCGGUUCUCGAUGCUUUCGGCACCGACUCCCAUCCCACUUGCUGGUUCAUUCUUGGCGAUUAUAGUGACCAGCUUAACGUAACCUGCCCGAGCCAUGUAGUCGAAAAGCUACUUACUCUGAUGAGAGACAUGGUUGAAGAGCUGGACGGACUUGACGUGAGAUGUGCUUUCGUAAGUGAUUGACAAUAUGGCAACAAACUUAACGCUGGAAUCAAAUGCACCUACA